AUGAACGAUGAAAUAAUCCUGAAGACCUUGACAGCUGGCAGCAACAUCCCGUUCGCCGAUGACGAUGGCAUGGUACCGGGCGUUGACCAUCGGCGUGCACGAUCGAGCGUCACGCGGCGAGAGCUGACGAAGGAAGUGACCGCUCCGAGCUUAAGCUCGAGGAACGUGCAGAGUUUCACGACCUUCCGCUCGAUAGUUCAGUCGAAAAGUGGCCAAGAGGGCGAACAUCGCGAGGGGAGCGUCUCGAUGCUGCAGAAGGCCGCAAUGUUCGGUCAAAAGGAAUCGGCGCAGCACAGACAGAUGAAGCAGUCCGCCGUGUUAAAGAGGAACAAGAACGAGGCGAUCGAAACUGGUUUAGAGAAUCCUCUGCAACGGUACGAGAACGCCGUGUUGAAGUAUCAGAAACCGAAGGGUCGAGCGAAACGACAGCCGAGUCGCGAUCGGCAGCAGCAACAGCAGAACCACGGUUACUCGAGCAGCGACGAGAGCGUAGCUAGGAACAAGUCGAAGAGCAUCAGCUCGAUCGACACGCAAUCGGUGAACAACAUCUUGGACGAGUACGAGGAUCUCGAUUACAGAAGGUCGUCGGACUUGAGCGACGUCGGCAGCAUCAGCGUGUCGAACUUCGAGGCUGUCAUGAUGGAUCAGCAGAAGAAACAGCAGCAAGAAAAAUCGAGAGUCUUGGCGACGAGGAUGCAACCCAAGUGUUCGCCGGUCCGGGAGAAACCCCAACCAGUUCUGAAAGUGAACCAACAGACCCAAGUGAGACAGCGGUCCCGGGAGAGGCAGAAGGAAUCCGUCAGACACGUUCUUCCACCGUCUCCGACCGAGGACAAUUCCUCUUCUUGCGUUUCACCGGUCCCGGUAACCGUGGAUGCCAGUCGCGUCAGAGUCCCCGAGGUGUUGCUGCGCAAGGGAGAGGUUCAGAAGAGGGUGGACGAGUGGUUGAACCAGACGCAGAGUCAAAAUUUCCCGACGUCCCGGGAGAAGCCGUUGACCAGGUCCAACAGUAGCGCCGAUCAGAAGAGUCAACGGAGAUACCGCCAAGACUCUAGGUCGAGAUCGAUAGACGAAGGUAGGGACAAGUUGAACGGAACUUCCUCGAGCUACGACGACCUGAGCCGCGCGGACAAGAAACCGGAACGCAAGGUGGACAAAGUAAACGUCGGCGUGAACACGAGCAGGGGAACCUACAAGGAGUACCUAGCCCUGAAGAACAGAAGCAAGCAACAGGAUUACGGUUUCAGCGCGUCGAACAGUUUGAUCGGUAGAUCUAGAGACAUCAGCCCUUCGACCGGUUCGAGAAUUCCCCAGAGAGGUCCACUGAGCUCCAGCUUCAGAUCCAGACGAUUAGAAUCGAGCAUCGAGGCGAGCCAAACGGAGGGCACCGGAGGGGAGUCGGCGCAGCUCUACCAGGCCGAAAAGAACUGUCGCGUCAGAGGCGCGACCGACAACAGGCCGACGAAUUUGGUAAAGACGAGAAACGAGUCGGAUCAUGGGAGGAUAUGUGGAGUAAGCGGCGUGGCUACCGGCGUUACCGGUGGUUCGACAACGGCGACGGCGACGGCCACGGCCACGGGUACUGCGAGCACGAGCAGCAUCGGCGGCGGCGGCGCGUCGUCGGUUAUUCCCUGCAGGAAAGCGUCGUUCAAGCGAUCGCAGAAUCACGAUCAAAGCACGGUUGGCGCGACGAGAGCGCUCGUUAAGGAAGAGACAGGCCAGAGGACCAGGGGGGUGUGCGGAGGGAGCAUCUCGAAGGGCCCGAGCAACCUUGGUGACCAAGGCGAGCCGAUCUCGCCAAAUAAGGACGGAGAAAGUAGGCGCCCGGCUCUCACGAGCGAUUCACCGCGAGCCGGUGAUAAAGCAGCCGAUGCUGCCUGUAAAUCGAUGGAGGUUUCGAGGAGCGUCGAUCGGCCCACGCGAGAUAUCCUGAGGAUUACCGGCGAAUCGUUGGAGUCUAGGUACCGGCAGGACAAGAGAGACAACAAAAUGGAUCAGACGAGACAGGAAACUAUUUACGGUGCCGUUGGUGCGCGUGUCCGGACUCUUCAAGGUCACCAGGAAUCUCGCGUCACGAAACCGAGGAAUCUUCAAGGCGGCAUCGUGCCGCCAGAAGCUAGAAAGCCACCGGUUCUACCGCGCAGGGAUCAGAUCCCUUGUUCUCAGGAGUCGAAGGAUUGCGGAGCGAAGAUUUCACCGAUCGGCUCCCCGCAGUCCACCUUCAAGCCCAACAGUCGGGUGUACGCGGCGUUGCAGCAGCUGAACGAGCAAAAUUCGGUCAAGUCUAGGUCCGCGAGUAGCAGUCCGUUGGAAAAGUCACCUAGCAGAUCGCACUAUUCCUCGCCGAAUCACGUGGAGAAGAUUUACGAGCGCAGUCUGCAGCCUCAGGUGAUUCACGUGGAUGACCUCCAAUCGAUCCUACGACCUUCUUUGCAGGUUUCUGCUUACGGCGAAGGAGGAACGGACGCUCGAUCCGAUCGCAAGUCGCCUGCCAAAGAAGCGGUUAUGCUUGGGGAACGAAACGAGGAGGAGGAGGAGGAGGAGGAGGAAGAGGAGGAGGAAGAAGUGGAGGUUUACGAACGAGUCGGAGAGUUGCGGUACGAACACCUGGAGACUAUCGAGGAAGACGAUCAGAAGAGCGAAGCAUCCGUUUGCAGAUACCCGGAGAUCGGAUUGAGUCAGUGCCUGAAGAUCCAGCAAGGCCUGCCGAACGGUAGAGCCAGAGGUCCUCCGGAGAAGAAGAAGGAUCCGUCCGCGUGCACGAAGCGGGACCAACCGAACGAACCUGCCAGGACGUUCGUCACGUUUCACUCGCUCGGCUCCCCUCAGGGCAUUAAGACGAUCGUGCAAACUCGACCCGUUGCGACUGGUUUGUCGGAGUGCACCGAGCAGCAGCAGCAGGAAAAACGCGAGGUCACGGAAUCGAUCAUGAUCGUCGAGGACUUCGAGAUCCCCUACGAUUCCGGGAAUCUCGUCGACAGGAGCCAAGCGUGUCACACGCGGGAGAACAGCAAUCUAUCCACCGCCACUAUCCCUGUGGACGAGCUGGAGAGUGAAAGGCAAGCGGCAAAGUUCAAGGUCGAAGACGCGUGUCUCCGAUUGAACGAAAUGUCCGAUCAGACAAUGGAGCCGAGGUUCCAGCAGGACGACGCCAGGGAGGCUGGCCAGAAGCCCGAGAAAUGGGACAGCGAGAAGGAGAGAACCAACUCGAGGGAGAUGGACGAGCGUGCGUCGGUGGUGAACGAAGUGUUGGUGAAGAAUCUUCAGUUCAAGCAAGAUCUGCCCAAGGAUUCCGUGGAACACAGUGCUAGUGACUCGUUCGGUAAGAUCAUCGAGCAUGUCGGUCAGCAGAGACCGAUCGGUUUUCACAACGUUUUGUGCGACAAUUACGAGAACCUGCAGAACGCCAGGUUUAAGGAGACCAAGGUGUACGUGACGAAGGAGGAAAUGGAGCGCCAGAGGCUGAUGGAGCUGCUCAGGAAGGGCGACUAUGAAUCAGUGAAAACGGUGAGUGACAACCAAAUUCUUCUUUCUACAAAUUGCAUGCAGUAG